GUGAAGAUCAGCACCCAACAUCCAGAUGUUCUGGCAGUGGCUUGUGAACAUUUUCUGAACAAAAAGCAGGAAGAGAUACAUGCCCUCAUCACUGCUACAUUGGAGGGGCACCAGCGUGGCAUUAUGGGCACUAUGACAGUUGAGGAUAUUUACAAGAACCGCGCCUUGUUUAACUCACGGGUGUUUGAGGUGGCCUCCAAGGACCUCUACGCCCUUGGCAUCCAUGUUCUCUCCUACACAAUUACCGAUUUGAGCGAUGACCAUGGCUACCUUAAGGCUCUGGGCAUGGCUCAGACAGCUCAGGUGAAGCGUGAUGCGAGGAUUGGUGAGGCUGAAGCUAAGAAAGAUUCCGAAAUCCAAAAAAGCUUAGCAGCUGAAACACUCCUUGCUGCACAGUACAUAAACAAGACAUUGGUGGCCAAGGCUAAGAGAGACUUUGAGUUACAGAAAGCUGCCUAUGAUCAGGAAGUGAAGAGUCGGGAAGCGGAAGCCAACUUGGCAUACGAGCUACAAUCUUGCAAGACCAAACAGAAGAUUCAAGAGGAGAAAAUGGAGAUAAAGAUAGUGGAGAAGAAGGCAAAAAUCCUGGUGGAGCAACAGGAGAUCCUGCGACAGGAAAAACAUCUGGAUGUUACUGAGAAGCAGCCAGCUGAGGCAGCAAAAUACAAGAUGGAGACUCUUGCUGCAGCUCAGAAGCAGAAGACCAUCCUGGAGUCAGAGGCUACAGCUGAGGCCAUGCUACUGAAAGGGGAGGCUAUGGCCUAUGCCAUAAAGGCAAAAGCAGAUGCAGAAGCAGCAAAAAUGAUCUUCAAGGCUGAAGCAUGGAAGGAGUUUGGAGACGCUGCUAUUCUGAGCAUGUAUCUGAACACCCUGCCCAAGAUGUUGAAUGGUGUGAGUACGAGUUUGUCUAAUACCAAGAGCAUUAAGAUGGUGUCUUCAGGCGACUCACCCGUGGGGGCACAAAAGUUGACACAAGAGGUCAUCAACAUUACUUGCUGUGUCCCUGACAUGGUUAAGAAUAUGACUGGGGUUGAUAUUCUGAAGACUCUGAGUGUUGCAUAAGCGGGUCAUAUUAAGAAAUUUAUUUUCGAGAGGAAACUUAUGAGUACAGCAUGUACCCAAUGUUUAAUAACAGUUGUUUGGUACUGUAUAUCUGUAUGUUUUUACACUUACCCACAAAAGUCCUGUCGCCUCACAUCCUGAGCCACGAACCCCGAGAUUCAGACUCGUGAAUCUGAACCAUUUAUGGUCAGAAUGAUGCGUCAGUGUCUACUGCCUCGGGUGCACAAGGCGAGGGGACAGGACUUUUGUGGGUGAUUGACUGUACAGUGGUAGUAAAGUAACAGCAGUUGUUAUGCAUGUAUGUACACUUGCCACAAAAAGUUCUCGAACAACUGGGCUUGACAGAUUUCAGAAUGAACACUAUGGCUUGUGUCAUCUCAGAAUGGUUAGUGUGCCUGGUUGAGAAGUGACUCUCAAUAUUUUAUAAUAAUAUAUGUUAUUUGUUUUUACAGUAAAAGUGUUUACAGUUUAAAAGAAGAGAUUUAAUUUGAAAUAAAACUUCCUCAAAGAGCAAUGUUCUGAUUUCUCAUUCAUUUUGACAUAUUUUAUGAACCUUAGGGCAUUCGAGAACUUUUUGUGGUGAGUGUUCACAUGUAAUAAAGUCAAUAAUAAGUUGCAUGUACCAUUAUUAAAAUUAUAUUAUUGUUGAAUACAGUAGUAGUUAUGUAGUAGUAAAGCAAUGUACAGUGGUUGAACAUGGUAUUAUUGCUACUGAUAACCACUUCAGUUUGAAUUAUAAGGCUGAACCACAGUGGGUGUCAGCCAGAACCACAGUGGGUGUCAGCCAGAACCACAGUGGGUGUCAGCCAGAACCACAGUGGGUGUCAGCCAGAACCACAGUGGGUGUCAGCCAGAACCAUAGUGUGGGUCAACUUGGGAAUGAUUGACUGUGUAUUGUAUAUUCUCGAGUCCUUCCUUCCUGUAUUGAUUAUUGGAGUAGCGGCAUCUAUUGUUUGAGUUUGUCUUGUUUCCUUUACUUUAUCUUUAGUUUAUGUAUCUUAUCAUUAUCCUCUACCAUCUUGCUUUACUUUAUCCUUUUUGCCAUUGAUCAGCUUGUUAGCCUCUUGGGCAGUUAGUUAUGUCUCUGUUACACACUGUUGGAAGUACAUUUCAUGUGUUUUUACAAUUGUCUUAAAAUGUUUCAUUGAUGCAUUCAGUCAUUCCUUGUUAAAGUCUCUAUUAUGUAGAACAUUGGCUUGAUAAGACCUUGUUUCUGCUUCCUUCAGUAUCAUUUCAAGAACUACUAUUACUGUAUCUCAUGCUUUGGUCCUCUUCAUGGGCUAUUUGCUCAUUAGGUGUAUCAGGUGCUGUGUGAAAUAAUUCAAGACCAAACUUGACCAACACCUGUGGAGUUACAGAUACAUUCUGCAGCCAGUACAUGCCCAGUACUUGCUAAUAGUUUGUAAAAGAGAUGUAACGAAAUGGCUGGCAAGUUUAUAAGUGGUGUAGAGGAUAAAAUAAAGACAUUCUGGCACCAGUACAUGACCAGUACUUGCCAAGAAUGUGCAGCAGAGAGCCAGUACAUGACCAGUACUUGCCAAGAAUGUGUAACAGAGAGCCAGUACAUGCCCAGUAUUUGCUAACAGUGUGCAACAGAGCCAGUACAUGACCAGUAUUUGCUAACAAUGUGUAACAGAGAGCCAGUAUUUGCUUACUUUGUAACAGACACAUGACCAACCUCCCAAGUGGCUGUCAGGUGGCAUAGAGUAAAGAUUUUUGAUACAUUUUAAACUUGAUCCAUUUCUUCAGUCCAUAUUUUGUGUUAAAACUUUCAAGUGCUGAGAGUCUGAGGUGCUGCCCUUCAUCAUGGAAAUAAUAAAGUAUACUACCCAUGCUCCCCCCCCCCCCCUUAUCUCCCCAGGUUAUGGGGAACAUUUU